AUGUCGUCCCAUAUGAGGGCUAAAUUAUGGCGAAUGAACAAUUCAGAUACGAUUUCAGAAGAUUUUGAAAAAGGAUCUCGUCCUCCCAGAAGUGCAUCGCAUCUGCCAUUGGAAAAUAUUUUUGAAAUUAAAGAGGAUGAUACUAUUAAAAAGGAAGGAAUGUUCUGUGCAAGGUUUGGACCUUCGAUCACAAAGGUGGGUAAAAAUGUGGUUCAUCGCAUAGGUAGCCCGAGCUCAAUAACAAGUCCCAAUAACCAAGCGGCCAUUAGUGCUGUUGUUAGAAAAAAACUUCAAGGAUAUGUAGGAUUUGCCAACCUUCCAAACCAAGUUCAUAGAAAAUCCGUGAAAAAAGGAUUCCAUUUCACGGUGAUGAUAGUUGGUGAAUCCGGUCUAGGAAAAUCAACCCUCGUCAAUACUUUGUUCGGCACUACGCUCUACCCUAAUAAAGGUGAAGCGGAACCAUCAGAUGAAACACCAAAGACUGCUCGUUUCGAUGCAUACCUUGAACAAGAAAACCGUGUAAAUCGUCGUAAGAUGGUUGAUAAUCGCGUUCAUGCUUGUAUUUACUUCAUUGCACCUACCGUCAAUCUUAUUCCAGUUAUUGCAAAGUCUGACACGUUGACUGAAGAUGAAAUUAAACAAUUUAAACAACGUAUUCUAGACGAUAUUGCUUAUCAUAAGAUUCAAAUUUAUCAAGCACCACAAUAUGAAUAUGAUGAUCAUGAAACUGUAGCCGAAAACCGUGAAAUAAUAAGCAAGAUUCCAUUUGCUAUUGUCGGUAGUGACAAAGAAGUCGAACUUUCCGAUGGCCGUCGCGUGCGUGGACGUAAAUACCCAUGGGGUGUCAUUGAAGUCGACAACGAAGAGCAUAAUGACUUUGUAAAACUUCGACAAAUGCUCAUUCGUAAUUUAAAACUUAAAGAAUAUACUAAUGACGUACUCUAUGAAAAUUAUCGAUCCGAAAAACUUGUUACUAUGGGUGUGCAACAAGAUCAAACCGUUUUCAAGGAAGUAAAUCCACUCGCCAAGAUGGAAGAAGAACGACAACUUCAUGAGGCUAAGCUACAAAAGAUGGAAGCAGAAAUGAAAAUGGUAUUCCAACAAAAAGUCCAGGAGAAAGAGGCUAAAUUGAAACAAUCCGAAGAAGAACUAUAUGCCCGUCACAAGGAGAUGAAGGAUGCCCUGGAGAAACAACGUCUAGAAUUAGAAGAAAAAAAGAGACGAUUGGAGUCGGCCGAAUACCAUGUUGGCCAAUAUAUUGUUUUGGAAGGAUUACAUACAUGGAAAAAAAGUAAUGGCCAAUUAGAUAUUAAUGGUGACGCUUCAAGUGGUGCCAUGACAAAUGAUGAUUCGUUUGAUAUAAAUUGGCGUUUGGAUGAUGGCACGGGUGUUAUUUGGGCCAAGGCAGUGGGCACUGUGUCGCAAGCUUCUGAGAAGUACCAGAUCAAUGCUGUGUUAGCAGAUUAUAGUGAUGGUUCACAUUCCAUUGCACAGGCGGACUGUGCACGAAUGCUAAAAGAACUCUAA